AUCUUAUCAUCUUCUCACUCUCGUGUCUUCCACCAGGACGAAGCAGCCGCCGCACGCCCGCUCCCACCCGCGCUCGCCACACCCGACGGCGCACCCGCCCCGGCCGCCUCUAGCCCCGCCCCCGCCUGUCGCGGCCGCCACCGGCCGCGCCCGCCUCGCGGUCCGGCUGGCCUUGCCUCCUCCUCCUACUCGCUUCUCUCAGCCUCAGGCCGACGCGCAGCCCAGGGCCAUCGUCGUCGCGGAGGUGAGGUGGAAGGGACACAGGGCCUCCGCGCUCGGCUCGCUGCGGCGUGCCGCGGUCAGGCGCAACCGCACAUGGGAGGACGCCGACGCAGCGUGGGAGGAGGAGUUCGAGAGCGUCGACACCCUCGCGGUCGCGUCGCAGCGGGAGGGCGUUGUGUUCCACCCAUGGGAGCUCGCCUUCCGCGUCGUCAGCGAUAUUAACAAAGGCCCAAAGAACAAACCAUCAAUUCUGGGAACUACUUCUCUCAAUCUAGCAGAUUAUGCAUUGACGGCUGGAGAGAUAAUUCUUUCGUUGUCUAUAACUGGUGGUGCACCUGAACAAGCCUCAUCCCUUCAUCUCACUCUGAGUAUGGUUGAAUUAAGAGCUUUUCAAGAAACAUCUAAUGCAUCACAGCGAUCUGCUGCAACCUUGCCAUUGUCCCCAUCAUCUGGUGAUUCUCUUCCUGGAGGAAAAUAUGAGGUUUUGGUUAUUAAAGCAGGGCUGAGGAAGGUAAAAAUUCUCACAGAUCUGGUGUCGACACGAAGGCCUAAGAAGACUUGCCAGGGAGGUGGCAAAGAUAAGUUAUGUGUUAACAGUGAUGGUGCUGAAUAUCCAUGCGAUACUGAGUCUCUUGAUGACGAUCUAGAUGAUAGAGUUAAGGAAGAUGAAUUUGGAGAUUCAACUAUCAGGAAGUCUUUCAGUUAUGGGUCUCUGCAAUCUGACAACUAUGUUGGUGGCCUAGUUUAUGCCCAUGCAAAGAUUGUUGGGGAGCAUGAGGACCGGAUAUAUUAUAGUAACCGAAAAACUGAUGUCAGUUUCCAUGUAGAGAAAGGAUUGCCAUCAACCACAGAGAAUGGGUUGCUAACUGCUAAGCGCAGUAUACUUCCUUGGAGAAAGAGGAAACUGAGUUUACGGUCGCUGAAGGCUAAAGGUGAACCUCUCUUGAAAAAGGCAUAUGGGGAAGAGGGAGGUGAUGAUAUUGAAUAUGAUCGACGCUUGCUAACAUCAUUUGAUGAAUCUGUUUCAGAGGGAUCAAGAGGAUAUGGAUCAGCAAAUACUAUGGUGUCAAAAUUUGGUGAUGACAAUUUUGUCAUUGGAAAUUAGGAGUUGAAGGAGAUAAUUAGCUGUGAUGAUCGUAUGAAGCUUUCAUCCCAGAUGUUCUUUGCAUCAAUAGACCAGAGAAGUGAGCGAGCAGCUGGGGAGAGUGCAUGUACAACACUUGUGGCUGUUAUUGCAGACUGGUUCCAAGAAAAUCAGAAUAUUAUGCCUAUCCAGUCACAGUUUGACAGCCUUAUCCGUGAAGGAUCACUAGAGUGGAGAAACCUUUGUGAGAACGAGACAUAUAGAGAGCGUUUUCCUGACAAGCACUUUGAUCUUGAAAUUGUCCUUCAUGCCAAAAUUCGCCCGCUGACAGUUUCCCCUAGCAAAUCUUUUAUUAGAUCUGUCUUAUUAUGACUAUGGAUGAGACUUUUGUGAUGUAAUUGAUGAGACUAUGGAUUUCAAUAUUGUUAUGUGAUUGUGUGUGAGAUGUUUUAUGUGAAAA